AGAAUUUAGAACAAACUACAUUGUCCACCCACAAAUUUAGUAUUGUUUGGUGCAUGUGUUAGAGAAAACUAAAACGACAUCAUCUUGAUUUUAUUCAACUUACAAAGCCUUGUUCUGCAGGAUUUGUCAUCGUGAUUUUGACAAAUCCAUGGCGGAAAAGGGUGUUCCAUUGCCAAAAUUUGGAGAAUGGGACGUGAAUGAUCCAGCAUCAGCUGAAGGAUAUACUGUGAUAUUCAACAAAGCUAGGAAUGAGAAGAAGAGUGGGGUGAAGGUUGAUUCACCAUCAAAGGAUUAUCGUAAAACCAAAUAUAAACAUCAAGUUGUUCUUGGCAAACCACAAUCUAAAAAAUGGUUUUGCUGCGUAAGUCCAUCUGGAGGUGAAUCAUAAUAUUUUCGAACUCAAUAUAAUUUUCAGAAGUUUGGAGGCUCAUUAAAGCUAUGAUGGGUGUACUGCUGGAAUCUUUGAGCAUGGGAAAAUAAUAAUUAGCAGAUGUAUUACAUUACAUAUUUAUGAUUUCUGGUGAAUGAAUUAUCACAGGGAUUUUUAACUCUAUACUCUUUUAACAGUGGUGCUUGUGUAUCUAUCUACCUAAUUUUGAAGCCUUAUACUCUAUAUUUCAUGUUGGUAUAAUUGUUUUAUAAUGAAGGUUAUACCUAAUUUUGAAGCCAUGUACUCUAUAUUUCAUGUCGGUAUAAUCGUUUAUAAUGAAGGUUAUGCAUGACCUACACUCUUUUGCAUGCAUCAUUCAACA